UGUAUUUUCAUCAACAAUUGCAAGCCUUUAGCCGCACAGGCCGUUGCCUCUGUUCCACACAGAUCUUUCGCAGACGGGAGAUGGCACAAGUUUAACAUGUUCAUCACUAAUAACGUGGAGAACAGCAACAUGCAUUGUAAAGUGGAUGGGUUAGUAUCACAAAAAGCCAAAUCCCAAGAGCGUUUAGUUAGUAAAGUUCAGCAAAUAUUAUAUCUUGGAGGUCGCCCUGACACGAAAAAGCAACAGGAACUGAAUGGAAGCUUCACUUGUCUAACAAAAGCGGCAAAUUUCUCUGGAUGCGUCGCAGAUCUUGAAGUAAGCUUUCACAGUUCAGGCAUUCCAGAGCGUUCGAAUAUGUCACACAUAAAACAGUUUGGAGAUGUUUCAACUCUUUGUACAGCGGCAAAGGAAAACAUUGCGUCAUUUUCUGAUAAAAAUUCCAAGGUAUUGCUCACGAUGAAAGACAACAUUAAGUUAAACACAUCUUUCGAAUUUCAAGUCCGAACCAGCCAGUCAAGAGCAUUUGUUGGAAAGAUAAUGAAUAAGAUUUUCACGGCCUUGUUUUUCCUGGAAAUGGGUCGCAUGAAAGUUUCUAUAAGACUCGAAGCUACUGAAGGCCAUAAAGGCGAUUCCUUUCAUCUGACCUCUGGAGGAACUUCACUUUUUGAUAACUAUUGGCAUAAAGUGAAUUUUUAUUUUGCUAAGGGGACUGGCGCUUAUUUAUUCAUUGACGACGCCUUAAGAGGGCACUACGAGUUUAGAACGACGAUGUCAAACAAAGACUUUCAAAAUGGGCGCGAAUCGUCUCACUUUACAAUACGUUUUGGACGCAGCGCUCGAAAAUAUCCCUGCUUUAUAGGUUGUUUGCGUGAUGUCUUUGUAAACAGUCAUAGCAUAAAUUUUACUCAGUUCAAUUCCAAGGGAAUUUCUGUAGGGGAGUGCGCAUAUUCCUCCAAACGCGAUUGGUCAAAAUUGGAAAAAGACAUGACUAAGAAUAAAACUGCCACAUGGCCUACGAAAGAUCCUUUUUCUGUGAGCACAUACUUAUAUGGAGAAGCUCCUGAAACAACCAUGGAGUCUACUGUUUCCUUAACGCUAGGAUCGAACGCAUCAGGAGGAACAUUCACGGAGCUGACCCCUCAGGCAAAACAACGUUUUCAAAAUGAUUCAAGUUUUGAUCAAACCUAUCCAAUUGUCGUAGCACUUGCAGUUGGCUUGUUAGUUAUAAUUAUUGUAAUAACAUACAUUCUCGGAGUUGGUCUAAAGCCAAGGAUCCAGAAAUGUUUCAAACGGACUACCACCGAGGAUAAAGGUGAAACAGAGAAGAGCUCCAUGAGACAAGCUGAAGAUGAAGAUAAACACCUCUCAAAUCUAUCCGGCGAACCCGGUCGUGAUAAAGAGAGUCUCGCCCAAUAUAACUCUCAUGCUCUUACAUCAAAGAGAUUCAGUGGGAUGAGGACGCACGAAAACCUCAGAUCAGGAAGAGGACUCGAUGAAAUAUCAGUCAAAGUAUGGGAAGAGCGCUAUUUGAACAAUGCUGCUUGCACAACCGUAGAUUCGAAUUUCCUCACAAUACCAAAAAGCUACUAUACCCAAGUACCGACUACAAAAUCUCAAGAAAAACUGUCCAUAAACUUUGAUAUCAUUGGACAAACGAUUAACAAUACUCCGCGCCUAAAUGACUCUGUCACUUUACGCAACCUUGACCAUGGUGUCCUUGGACAUCCAUCUGACUCGAUGGGGGAGUGUAAUGGAGGAAUAGGAACUAUGACUAAUUCCAACCCACCGCAGAGCCCUAAACAUUUUAAUAAAGCUUAUUCAGGCCACAGCACGUUGCCAAAGCCUAAGAAAAUGCCAAGUCUGUCAUGGGCGUACGGAAGACGUUUCAUCCGAAAUGAAUCAUCAGAUACCGACUGUAGUGACGUGGAUAAAGUAACGAGAACGCGGCCGCGCAAUCUCUCGACGGAGAAUGAAAAAGUAAUGAAGCCUCGGCAGCUGAAGUUUUUAGAAUCCAGCGAGGAUGAAAUGGAAAGGAGAAGAAUUUCCAUUGGAAACCGUAGGUAUGGGCGGAUUCGAAAGCUUCAGACCUUCUCUGAAGAAACGUCAUUCAAGCUGUAUUCACUUAAGGAAGAAGAAAAGGAAGUUGAUUUAGACCAGCGAAAGCCUUUCACCGCAAACGGACUUAAAGUUUACUUAAGGGAUCGUAGUGGAAAUGCAUGUUUUGUCGAAACCUCCGAGCAUUGCGACGACCCUGUCAGCAGCAUUGGCGUCCAGGCGAGAGCUCUUGAUGGUUAUACGAGCAGUUGCCCUGAGAGCAUUAACUGCCUUUCAGAAAAAGAAGACAGCCACAGAAACUUACGUUACUCAAAGCGUCUCACAACACAUUAUUUUUGA